GGAGGGCGCUGGGUUUCCGGUGGGGGCGACUGCUGAGGCGGAGGAGGAGGAGGCCCCAAGUCGGGACAGGGGGUGGAGAAGGGGGCCCGAGGAGAGGCCCAGGCAGGGAGUCGUCGCUCGGACCCUGCGGUGAUACUGGGAUCAGCACCCUCUCCUGUAAAUUCUGUGCAUACCUGUAUUUGUUGCUGUUAGCUACAACUCAAAUACCAGCCAUGGCAGCCUCUAGCAGCAGUACCGCCAGUGAAGAGGAGCGUAGCCUCCGUGAAUGUGAACACUAUGUCCAAAAACACAACAUCCAGCAACUCCUGAAGGAUUGCAUUGUCCAGUUAUGCACAGUGCGACCUGAGAGACCCAUGGGGUUCCUUCGGGAAUACUUUGAAAGACUGGAGAAGGAAGAAACCAAACAGUUAAUGAGUCAGCAGAAAUCAAGCUCCCGUACGGAUUCCCGUGAAGAUGAGAUUUCUCCACCCCCACCCAUGAACCCAGUGGUAAAGGGCCGCAGAAGGCGUGGUGCAAUCAGUGCAGAAGUUUACACAGAAGAGGAUGCUGCCUCUUAUGUUAGAAAGGUUAUUCCAAAAGAUUAUAAGACUAUGGCUGCCUUGGCAAAAGCCAUAGAGAAGAAUGUGCUUUUUGCUCAUCUUGAUGACAAUGAACGAAGUGAUAUAUUUGAUGCCAUGUUUCCAGUCACCUAUAUUGCUGGUGAGACUGUAAUACAACAAGGUGAUGAAGGGGAUAACUUCUAUGUUGUGGAUCAAGGAGAAAUGGAUGUAUAUGUAAACAAUGAAUGGGCCACCAGUGUUGGGGAAGGGGGCAGCUUUGGAGAACUUGCACUGAUCUAUGGAACACCUCGAGCAGCCACUGUCAAAGCAAAAACUAAUGUGAAACUAUGGGGUAUUGAUAGAGACAGCUAUAGAAGGAUCCUUAUGGGUAGCACAUUGAGAAAGAGAAAGAUGUAUGAAGAAUUUCUUAGUAAAGUGUCAAUACUAGAAUCGCUUGACAAGUGGGAGCGUCUCACAGUAGCUGAUGCUUUAGAGCCAGUACAAUUUGAGGAUGGGCAAAAGAUUGUGGUGCAAGGAGAACCAGGAGAUGAAUUCUUCAUUAUAUUAGAGGGUACAGCUGCUGUGUUACAGCGCAGGUCAGAACAUGAAGAAUUUGUUGAAGUGGGUAGACUGGCACCCUCUGAUUAUUUUGGUGAAAUAGCUCUACUCAUGAAUCGACCUCGUGCUGCCACUGUUGUUGCUCGUGGCCCGCUGAAAUGUGUAAAGCUUGACCGUCCCCGAUUUGAGCGUGUUUUGGGUCCGUGCUCAGAUAUUCUUAAAAGGAACAUCCAGCAGUACAACAGCUUUGUGUCUCUGUCUGUCUGAAAUUUCCCUCCUCCUGCGAUACAUGCUUCACAAGUGCAGACUGCUUCAUUAUUCUUGUGCAGAGCCACAUGGCCACUGGCUAUUGCAGCUUCCUGUCUGUCUGAGGGAGGAAAAAAGAUACCAGUUGCUUUUCAUGGCAUCAGUUUAAAUUUUAAGAGCGUUAUUUUGGUGCUCCUGAUCCCAUUUAAAAUAAAUAGAAAAUUGUAUGGAGACAUUUGCUGUUACUGCUUCUCUCUGUGCAAUGUACACUGUCCAACUUAGGCAGUGACUGCCAUUCCUUUUGUUGGGAAAAUUUCCUAGCACCAAGGUUAUUGCUAUAGAGUUAAGGCUGUAACAGUAGAAAAUUCUUACAGGGCACACAUUUCUCAUUUGGUGAGUCCUAUAUUUCUUAGGUUGUGGUCACUUUCUACUCCUUUUAGACAGAGACACUUAUCUUCUCAGCUCUACUUCUUGGCAUAAAUGUUCAGGAUAUGGGUUACUUUCAGAUUGAUUUACUGAGAUUAACUCCCAGUAAAACCACAAGUACAGUUUGAUAGGUUGGUGCACCUGUAUCCAUAUCAGUUGGUUCAAGAUGGCUUGGUGAUUGUGUGUGGGGUUUUUCUGUACAAGCUUUCGCAUUGGCAGAUGCUGCCACUGCUGCUGGAUCUUUUGCCUGUUCUCAGUUGUGAAUAUUCAUAUUUGCCCUUCCUGUUUUUCUCUGUACAAAUUCUCAAUACCCAACCAAUGGGUUGAACCCCUGAAUAUUGGUGUUGAUCCUGGCAUGAGAAUUGCACUGCUGCUUAGCUAGUGCCAAAUAGUGACACCCCAUGCAGUGAAUGUAGAACAGCAAACUGAAGGGUAUGUCCUGCAUGUCCAGUCUUUUGCCUGCCACUUGCAAUCUUUGCCCUCCCUGUUAAUGGUGGAACCAGAGAAUUCAGUGGCUCUGUUAAAGUAGCUGGCAUUCAGUGUGGACUGAAAUAUGCAAUCACCUUUCGGAGGAUGACCUGACUGGCUCAUUUGAAAGACAGGAAGCAAAAACCAGUGUCUUGUGUCCUGUCAAACUCUUCUUUCUAAGAGUAACUUUUGUCCAAACAGAAGUUUUGUUAACUUUUAAAUGUUCAAAGAUACUCAGUCUGAGCAGCUCACUUAGGUCUUUGUUUUGCCCCAGAUUCUCAUAUCACUCUGACAGAAUAACUAUUUUUGGAAAGUUAACCUUGUUGUCAAGUCUGAAAUGUGUUUCAGUAUUUACCAGGUUUGUGUUAACAAUAUUCUGUGUGCACCAAGUGCUGCCCACUAGCUUUAUGGAAUUUCACAGUUGGAUAAUGUAGGCAAUUCAGUUUCAUUAUAACAUGUAAAUUAUCUAAAAGAAAUUAGUAUAGGGUUUUAUUUGGGAGUGACAGCAAGUAUUUUCCAUUAGUUAAGCAACUAUUUUUUAUGAAUCUCAUGCACCCAAGCCUUCCACCCACCCUAAUGGACAAUUGGACCUGGUAUAUGCCUUUCUGAUUUGUUGGCUGUUGAGAAAAGUUUGCUAAUCAUAUUUAGAGUUCAAGGAAUAGGAGCCUUAGUAUAAAAAAAAACCUGUGGGGAGCUCUUGAUAGGUCCACAUUUCUAGAUAUGGAUUAAAUGUAACAUAUAUAUUGUGAAUUCCUUCUGUAUUUCCUAAAGACAUUGGUGAGAUAAGGAUAUCCACCUCUCAUCUUCAGGAGUCAGUACAUGCUAUUUUUUCCUCUAAAACUCUAUUCAGUUUGAACCUAUCCAGGGAUUAUUUUCUUUAUAUUUUUGUUACUUUUGAAGCUUGAUCUGAUCCUUGUUGAAGUACCAAAAAGAUUUUAAAUCUUAUGUAAGCUAGUUAGAGCACCACAAAAAUGCACAUUUUUUAUAUAAGGCUUUCUAAUCAAGUUUCACUACUGCGUCUUUUUAGCUUGCUGUUUACUCCCUUUUGUAGUUUUACCAACAAGAUUUUAAGAUGAACCAGCUAUGUCUGAGUUAAAUAUUAAUCACAGUUAAAGCUUUACCUUUGUGUGCAAUUUAAACAUGUUUGAAUCCACAGUUGGUAUAGUUUGCCUUAGCUAACAUUCAGGGCAUUAGAGAUAAUCUUUUGUUUGUUUGUUUGCUAGGUCACCUUAGCAAAUUAAACUCUACUGCCCUAGAGUGCUAUAGUAAACCAGAGGACCAUUUUUGUAUUGUUACCAGACUGUAAGUCUGACUUACUGUAUGUGCUAAUAUAUUCCUUUUGUUAUAGAUUGUCCUAAUGGCAGGUAAAGCAAUAAAACGAUUUAAAUUCUUAAA